CCUGUUAGAUGAACGGCUAUGGCGUGUUCAAGUUUUGACGGUGUGAAACCGAGUGCAGCGGGGAACGGAAUAUUCGUGAUGAGAAAUUACUGUUUGAUUGAUGGCAAAAAACGUGCUGGGGAAUUCUCCAUGAUGUUUCCUCUUGAAGAGAUGAAGAGCACCUGUCACUGUUCAGGUUACCGGGAGCAACAACAUCAGCCUCACACCAUCCUGUACAACAUCCUGAGCCGGGCGGACAGUAACUACAGCAACAACGACAGCCUGAUCAACAACAACCAGGUGAACCAGUACAACUACAAUAAGAUGAUGCCUCACAACUGUCACUGCAAGCGGCAACGGGUGGUGUGUCUGAAGAACCCUGAGGGAACCUGUCAGAUGACAUCUGAUGUUCUGGUCAAAACCAUCUGCUUCAUGAAGAGUUUACCCUCCUUCAGUCAGCUUCCAGUGGAGGAUCAGCUAUCUCUGCUGAGGUACUGCUGGGUGCCCCUGUUCUCUCUGGGCCUGGCCCAGGAACGGACUGUGUUCGAGGUGAAGGAUGUUCCACAGGCUAGCAUACUGAGGAGGAUCCUCCUCAACGGUCAGGGGCCACAGAGUGAGGAAGAGCAGGAGGUGGAAGAUGAGGGGAAGAGGUUGCUGCCCACCCUGGCUGGGGUGCAUAAACUCAGGUCCUGUCUGAACAGACUGUGGACUCUGGAUCUCAGCCCAAAGGAAUAUGCCUAUCUGAAGGGAGCUAUGCUGUUCAAUCCAGACGUCCCAGGACUGAGCACCACUGUAUUCAUCAACAGUCUACAACAGCAGGCCCAGAGAGCACUACAGGAGGUUGUGCUGACCCUUCACCCAGGAGACUUGGGUCGAUUCAGCUGCAUCCUACUAUCGACCUCUGACUUACAGACUGUCAGCCAAUCACUCAUCACAGAACUGUUCUUCAGACCAGUUAUUGGUCAGGCGGAUCUGUUUGAUUUGUUACGCAAGAUGCUGUUUAUUAGACAAGAAUAAAGCUGAAAGUGUGUGUGUGUAUAUGUGUUUGAAUGAUAUUUUAGGGUAUUUUCUACAGUGACAACUAUGAACGUGAAGAAUGCAACCAGGCAAUAAAAGUUUAACUAAA